UAAAAAUAUUAUUAAAAUUUAAAAUCAUAAACAUAGAAUAACUAUUUUUAUCCAACAUGCCAUAUCAUCAUGUGGAUUAUAUUUUAGUAGCAGAAUUUGAUAUUGAUCAAGGUCCUACAAUUUCUCAACAAUAUCCACAUACUAUAGGGAGUGACACAAAACUGUUGGCAGAAUUGAUGCUUCCAGAUCAAGCUCAUAUGAGGUCAGAAGACUGGACAAUAUUUUUUCUACAUAGGGAUACUAAUACACUAAAAAAAAAUCACAAUGACCUUCACGAAGUUUUAGAGAAUCAGGAAAACAGCGAGCCAAAAUUAAUGUAUGUUUUAAACUUGGUAAAUACAAAGCAUGACCCGGAUGCCAAACGAGGAGCUCUUGUAAAAGCAAUGGCAAUAUGUACUAGGCAUUCAUUUUUGCAUAUUUAUAAGCCAAUUUUACUUCUUGCUCUUAAAAAAUAUCUUGAACAUCCAAAGAAAACGACAUUAGAACAUAUUUUCAAUUCAGUAAACUCUAUGGACUUAAAAAUGAUGCCUAAACUAAAUUUUUGGGAACGUAUUAUUCUUGGGAACAAUGACUAUAAAACUAUUUAUCAUGAAAAAUUUCCAAAUACGAACACGAAGGAAUCUAUUCAAGAUUGUCAUGAAUAUGAAACAAGCAUAGUUUAUCUUGGCGUGCAAAUUCCUGUGAAAAUACCUUUAGAUAUUUUGCCAGAAGCUGUCGGUGAUUUUUCUCUUAUAAAUCUAUUCCAAGCAUUCCCGCAAUUACCUACAAAAUCAUUUCCAUUACAUGCUCAUCUUACUACCAUCGGCUCUCAUACUCAUCCAAUUAUUGUUUUAAUGAAUGCUUUGCUUACUCAAAAAAGAAUUGUAUUUCUAGGGCAUGGGCAAUCUGCUGGUGAUGUUGCAAAAUAUGUUUUAGCUUCAUCUGCUAUGGCUAGUGGUUUAGGAGUACUACGAGGAUUUUUGGAAAGAACAUUUCCUUAUACAGAUCUUUCAAAAAUAGAUUACCUACUUACUAUUUCUGGAUAUAUAGCAGGCGUUACAAAUCCUACUUUUGAACGACAUCCAGAAUGGUGGGAUAUUCUUUGCGAUAUUGAUACAGGAAAAAUAAAAAUAUCAUCAUGUAUAUCUCCAGCAAAUAUACCAAGCUAUUUAGGGGAUUUUUUCUGUGAUUAUGCAAAUGAAUAUCAACGAAAUGAUAUGGACACAAUAUUUAUUGAUGAAAUGAAAAAUAUCAUAUCUUGUAAAUAUGGAGAAUAUUCCGUACGAUCAAAAUGGAGGGAUUGGGUAUUAAGAUUCACUAAAAUGGCAUCUACGUAUGAAACGCUUGUUUAUGGUUUUUCUCGAUUAUCCAAUCCAAAUGCGAAAAAUUUCAUUAUUCCAGGUACAGGAUGGGUUUGGCAAAAUGAAGCACAAAAAAUGCGCGAUUUAUAUCUAAACAUGCCACGAUUUGAAGGAUGGAGAAACACAACUUCUUACGAAUAUUAUAUAGAGGAUCUUAUUGUAUUUAAUAAUAUACCUAUUGAAAAAAAAUUUUGCUUACAACAUCAAUUGAAUCGACUAAAAAUUCUACGAAACAUAUCUUACGAAGAUGCAGAAGCCAUCUAUAUAACAUUAAAUGAUAAUGUCCGUACUAUAGAUGAACUAAGUCAAUUACUUUGUUAUCUUCCACGAUUACAGGGGGGUUUAACACCAAUCGCUGCUGGAUUAUUUCAUCCAAAUCCAAAAGUACAGUUUGCCGUAGCAGAACUUUUAGAGCGGCUUGAUUCUCACAUAGCUGGUCGACAUUUUAUUAAUGAUUUAAAUAAAUUUCAAAAACUUGCAUUUUCAAGAAUUCUUUCUAAAAAAUCCAAAUUACGAAAAAAUUAA